ACAAUAUUAUCCUAAAGACCAAACCACACAAUUGUUGAAGGCAAAAAAUGGCAGCAUCAGUUAUGGCUUCAGUGAGUCUAAAACCAUCUCCUUUCACUGUUGAGAAGUCAGCAGUGAGAGGGCUUCCCUCUCUUGCUAGGACUUCUUCACUCAAAGUUCAGGCCAGUGGCGGCAAGAAGAUCAAGACUGAUACGCCUUAUGGAACUGGGGGUGGCAUGAAGUUGAGGAAUGGCCUUGAUGCAUCUGGGAGGAAGCCAAAGGGAAAGGGAGUAUAUCAAUUUGUAGACAAGUAUGGCGCUAAUGUUGAUGGGUACAGUCCUAUCUACGACACCAACGAUUGGGCCCCAAGUGGUGAUGUCUAUGUGGGAGGUACUACCGGCUUGGCCAUAUGGGCUGUUACCCUCGCUGCCCUUCUUGCUGGGGGUGCACUCCUUGUCUACAGCACUAGCGCUUUGUCUCAGUAGAAUGCAUUACUAUCAUCUGUGCUCUACUAUAUAUAGCCUGUUCCUAGUAAUUGUCCCCAAGAACAUCAAAGAAAUACUAGAGCUCAACCUUAUGUGUAAUAUUUUCCAUGAAUUUGAAUUCAUGUUUGUAGCAUACUUUAAUGUGAAUUAUUAUUGAACUA